AUGAACGUUCAACCUGUACAACAAAGUUUUCAGAAACCAUCCGUUACUGCUAAGUUAACGCAAUCAAGUUCCAUAUCACAAUCAUCUCUCAUCUCAUCUAACCAUGAACAAUCAAAAUCAAAUCCAUCUGUCCCUAUUACGAUUACUGGUUCGAGUAUCGUUCGUGAUUUGGAACCAGGUAAACUAUUUGUGAGCGAUAAACAUUUUGAUAUAAAAAUUAGUACAAAACAUGGCGCUUCAAUUAAACAAUUAACACAUAUGGUUAAUAAUAAUUGGAUUGAUCAACAUUUUAAUCUUUCAUCACACGCUAUAAUUUCCAUCGGUUCAAUUGACAUGAAACACAUUAAUUCUGAUAAAGCCAUAGAGCUUCUUAAUCAACUUAUUCAAACACUGAAACGUAAACAUCAUCAUAUAAAACCUACAUUUGUUACAAUACCACCUCAGUUUGAUCCUAACUUAAAACCAUCUUACAAGACCAAUUAA